UAGUAGUACUAGGACUAAAUCAUACAUGUGAGUUGUGAUUUAACAGACGCUGGAGUUCUCUAAACAUUGCCAUCAUCAUCAUCUUCCUCUUUUUGCAACGAUUUCUUCUCUCAACAAUGGCGAUUACGUUUCUAUGGAAUCUCCAAAACCUAUGGCCAUUCUCCUCAUUCAAACAACCAAACUCCCUCAAAUCCUCUCAACAACUCGUUUCCAAACUCAACAUCCCUAACCAAACCAAACAAUUCGUUUUCGCUUUUCACGAUCCCAAUUCCCAAUCCCUAAUUUACAUUCUCUCUUCUCUCAACCUCUCCGAACGUUCUUCCUCCGAUGCUAUCACACUCAUCAAUGAAAUCAAACCUGAUGCUGUUAUUGUUCAAUCAGGUGGUAGUCUCUCCCCUUUUGAAGAUGAUGAUAAAGAUGAUAUUUUGGUACCUACUUCUUCUUUUGGUGUUAUUAAACGUUGUUUUGUUGAUAAAAUUGGUAGAGAUAGAUAUGAGACUGUUGCUGGUGAUUUUGUUCUUAAGGAGAUUUUUGGUACUGGGUUUUAUGGUCCUGUUUUAGCUGCUAAAAAAGCUGCUAAAUUUGUUGGUUCUGAGUUUAUUCUUGUUCAAUCACCGUUAGGUAAUUCGUGUUUCAGUAGCAAUAACAAUAAUAAUGAGAAACAUGGUAGUAGUGAUAAUAAUUCUAGUGCAAUUGUUGAUGCUGGAAACCGUUUUACAACUAUUGUGAAUAGUUUGGUUCCUCAGCAGCAAGUUGCUUCGAUUGGUUUGAAGAGGUUUUCGAUGAAUAAAGAUGUUAGGAUGGUGUUGGCAGAGGGUUUAUCUAGCUAUAUGGAUCCACUUUUGAUUGGUAGUACUAAAAAUGAGUCUGUUUCGGAGGUGGGUUCGGUUGAAAUUCAACCGAAAACUAGUUACGAUACACCUGCAUUUGCAAAGUCGAUUUAUCCAUUGCUUGAGGAUUUGCAUGAUAUGUUUUCUGAUUUACCGUCGAUGGGGAAGGCGUUGGGUCAUGUACAGAAGAUGUUGUUGGAUGUGAAUAGAGGAGAGGUUCUUGACGCUAAGACUGUUUCUGAGGUUUAUACUUUUAGAAUUGCAGUUGAGGGGCUUAGAAUAGCUUUAAAUAAUAGGGGGAUGCGGUCGAUUGUUGACAAAGGGGUUUCCAAGGCAAGUAAGGUUGAGUUCUCAGAGCUUCCGGUGGAUGACAAGUCGCAAGUGCUGUUUGCUCAGGCUAUUCGUAGUCAGACUGAUAAAUUUAAAACUAUUGUGGCAGUAGUUGAUGCUAGUGCCUUAGCAGGUAUCAGAAAACACUGGGAUACUCCUCUUCCUGAUGAUGUUAAAGAGAUUGUUGGAGAUUUAAUAACGGAUUCUGACGGUAAAGGGGUUAGUUUAAAUCAUGGUGACAGGAAGCGAUUGAUAGCGGAUAGACCUGUGGUGGCAGUUGGGGCUGGAGCAACAGCAGUUUUAGGAGCAUCUUCUUUAACCAAGGUAGUCCCUGUGUCGACGCUGACGAAGGUUGUUACUUUCAAAAUUCCAACUUCACUCAAGAUUAUACUCAGCCAAAUGCAGAAAGUACUGAGUGUUUCCCUUGGUCCAUCUAAUACAUCGGGUUUCAUGAAGGCAGCUGCAUCUGCUGAAAAGAUUAGAGCCGUUACUCACGGUGUUAUAUACUCUGCUGAAAAAACCAGUGUUUCAGCUAUGAGGGCAGCAUUCUAUGAAAUAAUGAGGAAGCGAAAGAUUCAGCGUGUUGGCUUCUUGCCUUGGGCUACAUUUGCAGGCAGCAUCGGAACUUGCACAGGAUUGCUUUUGUAUGGUGAUGGGAUUGAGUGCGCUGUUGAAUCUCUCCCUGCCGCCCCCUCAAUUGCCAGUUUGGGUCGUGGAAUUCAAAAUUUACGUGAAGCAUCUCAGGCGGUGAUGCAAACAGAAGGAACUAGAGUCCAAAAAUCAAUAGAAUCUCUUGUAAACAGAAUAACAAAGCCAAGGGAUCAAUAGAUAAUUCUUUUUUAUGUACAGUUCUUCAUGAAGUGUCUAUAACCUGAUUGCUAUAUAGGUUUCUUCUCUCAUGGCUUCCAAUUUGCAAAAGGAUUUUCUUGCUGGUAUGUAUCUAUAAUCGAUGAUGAUGAUUAUGUUUUCUGUAUAUCGAAAUCAAAAUCACUAGCCGAGUUUGAUGUUGAA